AAAACUGACAAAAAAUUUGAAAAAUAACGAUAAUGGAUCAAAUCACGGAAAACCUUUUUACAUCGUUGCGCUCAAAAAAAGGCGAAGACGAAAAAUAUCAAGAAGUGCUCGGAUAUUUAGACAGCGGAGCCAAUCCUAAUGCCGCUGAUCCUAAAAGGAAGGAUAACAGACCCUUGCACAUAGCUGUGCAAAAUAGUGAUUUAAAAAUCGUUGAACUCUUACUUGACAGGGGAGCUGACGUGACUUUGAAAAAUGGUCUCAACAAAAAUCCAUAUGAGUUAGCCAAAGAAUUACCUGAAGUCGAUGAAGAAGUAGUAGCCUUACUACAAACAAAAUUCGAGCAAUUAAACAUCGUCUCGAAUGAGGUUUCAAGAAAAAUACAAGGCAAAAAUCUUACCCACAGUAAAAAACAACUAGGUUUCGACAAAAGAGAGGGCACUGCUAGUGGUAUCGACGGUCAGUUUUACGAAUCAAAAAUAUUAAGUCUUAUAUUAUUUCGAUGCCUUACUGAUGCGACAAUCGAGUACUUUUAUUUGGGUACGAAUGUUAAUAAUGUAGGAGCACUGGACGACGUCUGCUUGAGAUAUAAAAUAUAUGGAGAAUCAAAGGACAGAAUGCUCUUCAUGCAAGCUAAACAUAGACAACAAGACGGCAUAGCAAAAAAAGUAAUAACUUUAGACGAUUUAAAAAACUCCAAUGAUUAUAAACUUAUUAAAUAUUUUGAGAGUUAUGAACAAAUCAAAAACAAAUUCAAAAGUAACAAAGAUGACAUCAUGUUUAAAGGCUCCUACGAGGACGUAGAUUGUGAUUUAGUACUAUUCACGCCUUCUGACAAUAUUAUUGAAAGAAAACAUAAAGCAGAAAAGUCUAUUUUGCGGGGCCACCGAUUCGAAAAACUUUUUUGCUCUCGUAAAAAUAUAACAUUUAGCAACAUAAACGAAAAUUUUCAAAUAAGCGAUGUAGCAUUACUUCAAAAUUUAAUUAUAUUUAAGCACGUUGAAGCUUUAGGUGAAUUAUUAAAGGCUUUUAUCUUGACUGACAAUGAGAAAACAUAUUCUAAUAUGUUGAAAAAGGACAAUAUUGUACAAAAGUACCAUGCCCUUUUGACACAAAAAGUAAUCCAUGUAGGUGCUAUUGAACAAAAAAGACUUGAAGAAGAAAAACCUAAUUUAACAAAUUUUGGUGAAGGAACUUCAUCACAGUGUUCAAUUCAGGAAAGUAAGGUUUCAGGAAAAGAAAUUGAAAAUGCAAAUCUAGUGGAAAAGUAUCGAAAAGGAACUUUCCAUAGCAGCUUCUUUGACGACGAAGAUGCAUGUAUGCGUUUAUUGAAGGAAAAACUUUUUGAAAAUAAUAACCCAUCCCAAAAAGGUGAAGAAAAAAAAAGAAAAGAUAAAAGUAAUAAAAAAAGUUACGAAACUGAAAUUGAGGAAUUUAAAUCACAAAAAAAAUCUUUCAAACUUCCUGUAUCGUUCGGGAAGCUCGAUCUGACACUCAAGAAAGGUAAGGAAAAAACCAGAAUAGAAUAUUUAGUACGGAUAAUUAUUAUGUUGGCAAAUAUUGCCAAAUAUGAAAAAAAGAAUGUAAUCAGAAUUGAUAAAAAUAUUUUCUGUAAAAACAAAGAAGAAGAAAAACACGUUAAUAAAGGAUUUAUUGAUAACGAAGGUGGAAUUGCAGGUUUAGUUGGUAAUUUGCUGACUUUUGACAGUGAGACAGAAACUUAUCAAUUUCGCGAUGUAGAAAAAGAAAAUAAAACACAUGAAUUGGAAGCAAAUAGCAAACUUUUUUUAGAAGAACUAAAUAAGCAAUGUAUAGAGCAAUGUGAAGAGAAAUGUAAAGAUCAAUGUAGAGAGCAAUGUGAACAUAAAUUAGAUAUAUAUCAAUUUAGAUUUGACAUUGCCAUAGACGAUUUUCCAAAACUUGCUUUUUAUUGUACCGAAGAUGAAAAACUUAAUGCAAAUGAUUUUUUAAAUAAAUAUUGGGUUUUAAGUAAUCAAUGCUCACAGAGUGAAAUAGAAGAUAUUUUAAAAAUGGAAAUUGAGUCUCAAUUGCGCCAAGAAAACAAAAAUAGAUUACUCCGAAUACAAUCACAUGCAAUUUUCUUAAAAUUUCACGACCAAGUUCAAAAAUGGUGGAUGAAAAAUAAAAAAGCUAAUUAUAAAACCAAGAUGUGUCAAUACUAUGAAAAAGCUAAAAAAGAAAUAGUCGAUAGCCCUAUAUUGUCUGUUUUAAAUUUUAUUAUGUUAAACACUAUCAAAAAGAAUCUCAUCAAAUUUAAAAGCGAUAUUAUUGAUACAUUAGGGUUACAAAUAUUUAUGAAUGAUCCAAACACAAACGUGUUUAACAUCACUGCAUCUGAAGGUUUUCUAACCAUUAUCAAAUUAGCUCAGUUUUUCGAAAACCACGGAAACACUGCAUUUUUGGACUUUGAAUAUAUUCUGGAAAAUAAGUACUUUGAAGAUAUGAAAUCGGAACUACAAACAACUGAGCUCGACACUUUCAUAUUCCUUCAAAAAAAUCAGCAGAACACCCAAAACCUCUGCCAAGUUAUUGAUAUUAUCAAGGAAAAUAAGAAAAAGAAAUGUUUUCUAGUGACUGAGAAAAAGAUUGUUGAUAUCGUCAAAUCUCAAUGCAAUGUCGAAUGCCUUUGGCAAGACGACAAUAUUUGCGACCUAAAUUCUGUUUGUGAUAGUGAUGAUGUGUCCAGAAAUUGGACUCUUAUUUUUCAAGAAGAAGAAGUCAAAUUUAAUAGAGUUAUAGAAGAAGAAUCAAAGAGAUUAAUUAAUUCUCAUAUACUUUUAAAGCUAAUAAAAGGAGAAAAAAUUGAAAUAGGUAAUCCCUUAAGAAAUAUAAGAUACAAUGAGGUUAAACAAUAUUGCAUUCCUCGUAAUUUAGAUCGCGGUGAAGAAUUUAUGAUUAAAUCUUUUAAAGAUAUCAACGAAAAUGUGGUACUCAUCGUGGCAGAACCUGGUAUGGGUAAAUCGGUAUUGAUGAAUCAACUCGCUAUUCAGACAAAAGAAAUAGAACAUGAAUUUUCUGAUCUCAGUUCGUGGAUACUAUAUGUAAAUUUAAAUGACUACUCGUCUGACUUUUCAAAGUGGCCUAACGAUAACAUAUCGAAAGAAGAAGCAAUAAUAUUUAUUUGUAAGACUGCUAUAAAUAAACUUUGCACAAACAAUGGAGCACAGAAUAUCGGCACAAGAACAAAUGUAAAAAAUGCGUUCAAAAUCAAAGUAGAUGCAGGAAAUAAUGUGCAAGUAGAAAGUUUCAUUAAGGACCCACUAGUCUCGUUUGAGUUGCGCCUGUUCAUAGAUUAUUUAAACAGGGGAAAUCUAAUAAUAAUAUUUGAUGGGUUUGAUGAAAUCUGUCCACAAUAUGAAAAGAAAGUAAUAUGUUUACUAAAACAUCUUACAAGAACCUUUCAUCUUCCAAAUUGUGAGUUGUUACAACCUUUUGACCCUAUGAUCAAUGUAAAAAACGUUAUAUCUUUGCUACAAAAAACAGAACCAUCAACUUCGAAGACCUGUAAUUGUCCUCGAAUGGGUGCAAACCAGAACCGCAUAUGGGUAACUACACGAUCAUACAAUCAUAUCAAAAACGUUCUAGAAACGGAACUGGGAAGAACUGGAUUUACACUUCGCCCACUUUCGAAGCAUGAACAGACCAUUUAUUUAAUGAAAUAUUUUGAAAUAAACUUUCGAAUAUCGGACUUGAAAAAAGAAGAAAUAGACAACCUGAACAUAUUUUUCGAUUAUAUGCUUAAUAGACUAUCUGAUGAAAGCCGACACAUAACAAUGGUAAGUGUCCCUCUGUACACUGUUUAUGUCACACUAGUGAGCUUUUUUCAUAACAAAUUUUCUGCAAAUCCAUUAAAUUGUUACUCAGAUGAUGAAGUGAGAGAUUUGAAAAACAAAUGUGCUGAUGUUUACUCAGUUUUGACUAGUUAUGGACCAGUUUUCGAACGACAGUCAAAUGUUCGUGCACUUACUGCAGUAUCAGAAAAUCCACUUCACCUAUACAUGGCAGCGGAAUAUUUUUACAGCCAAAUCAAAUACAAUGAGAGUGAAGACCAAGGUUAUGAUAAAUGGGAUAUUAACACAGAAUCGUUCAAUUUAUUCAAGAAAUUCCUUGACAUCAAAUUCAAAAAAAUACUUUUUGAACAAAAAAACUAUGUGGAUCCAAGCAAGUCUGCUAUCGAAGAGACUUUGGAAAAUCAAAGGUUAAAAUUUGUUGAAGACCAUAAAAAAAUGGCCCUGUGCGCAAUAUUUAACCGUAUCGAUUUGGAACGGUUACUACCUGAAAGUGUUUUAGACGAUAUAGACAAAAUCAUGAUACAAAUAAACACUGGGAAGGAAAAAACUGGUAUCAUAGUAACAGUCAUCGAUAAAGUUCCAAGAUUUGUACAUUUAGUCUUCGCAGAAUAUUUUGCUAUCGAGUAUAUAUGUGAUUUGCUAAUUAAAAGUUCGAAUUCUGAAAUGAGUAGUCCUGAUAUAGAAGAACUAUGGCGUUUUAUAAUGAAUAUAGUGCUAUACAAAGCUAGUGGGGGCGUCCGUACAUUCUUUGAUCAUAAACUAAGAAACGAUUCUGGGUUUAUGAAUGUAAUAAAUUCAGAGCAAAAUAAAAAGAUAGUUUUCAAAUCAUUCAUACAACAGGGGAAAGAAAACCAAGUAGUUCCGGAAGGUUUUAAUUUUUCAAUUCUCAAAACAUCCCUGAAUAUUGCUGUUGAGGAAAAUUUAUUAGAUAUACAAAAUUAUAUAUUUGAGUGUAUUCAAUGUAAUUUGAAUGAAGAGAAUAUUGAUGAAUUUACGGAACUCACAUCCAAUAGUUUACUUCUUUUCAGUGCCCUUGGAUCUAACAACGAUGACCUAAUACAUAGAUUUAAACAAUGCUUAAAUAAUAUAUGGGAUGAUGAUGAUGAUAAGUUUAUUGACUUUGUUUUUCCGGCGUUUGUAAGGAAAAUACUUCCAUUCAAAAUAAAUCUACAAAAUUUCAUGUCUAUAUGGAGAAUGGUGCAACGCAUGAUACCCCAACUUGCUGACGUGGACAUCGAUACAGCAACUGAAAUUACGCCAAAUAUGAGAAGUGCUCUCUCAGAUUACAUAAAAUUAUUUUGGGAACUGGUUACUGAUACAUAUAACUCUCAAAGUUGAAAAANUUAGAAUUGAAAAAGUAAAUAAAAGCUUGUAAAAAGAGAGAUUUUAUGCCGAAAACAAAUAUUAUGAACAAAUUAAUUAAUGCUUAAUUAUUAUACUGUGGCCCCGGGCAAGUAGUGAUCAAAUUUCUAUAGAAAAUUUUAUUGUGAUUUUGAUUGAUGA